AUGGACCAAACAUAUGUCAAGUGGAUUUGGCAUGGAGAAGAGUAUGACUCUAACAAUAAAGUUCCCAAUGAAAGAAAGCAAUUUGAUCAAGUAUUUGAUGACCCUAUAGAGAUGGUGAGAGAUGCAGAUGAAUAUUUUGUUGAUAAGCCUGAAGAAUUUUUGAAAUUUUUAGAAGAUGCAGAUAAACCAAUAUUCUCGGGGGCACCUUUGUCAAAGUUGGUUGUUUUAGUAAAACUAUACAACUUGAAAGCUGGUAGUGGUUGGAGUGACACAAGUUUCACAAAGUUAUUAACUUUAUUAAAAGAAAUUUUACCAAAAGACAAUGAAUUGCCUUCCUCGCUUUAUGAAGCAAAAAAAACAUUGUGCACAUUAGGAAUGGAGUAUAGCAAGAUUCACGCUUGUCCAAAUGAUUGCAUUCUAUAUCGAAAUCAAUAUGAGAGUGCAACUGAGUGCCCCGUAUGUAAAACAUCUAGAUGGAAAAAAAAUAAGAACAACAAAGAAUGUAAGAAAGGGAUUCCAGCAAAAGUAUUGUGGUAUUUGCCGCCAAUACCUAGGUUUAUACGUUUGUUUCGAAAUCCUGAACAUGCUGAAAGUCCCAAGCAACCUGGAAAUGAUAUAGAUAUCUAUUUAGCACCUUUGAUAGAUGACUUGAAGGUGUUGUGGAACGAAAUUGAUUGUUAUGAUUCUUUUAAAAAAGAAAAUUUUAUACUUAGAGGUGUACUCUUAUGGACAAUCAAUGAUUUUCCUGCUUAUGGUAGUUUAUCAGGAUGUUUUGUGAAAGGAUAUAAAGGAUGUCCAAUAUGCGGUGAACAAACAAGCGCCACAAGAUUAGAACAUUGUAGGAAGAUGUGUUAUAUGGGUCAUAGAAGGUUUCUACCAGAAAAGCAUUAUUACCGGAAGCAAAAAUUAGCAUUUAAUGGUGAGCAAGAGUUGCGAGAAGCGCCUACACCAAUGACUGGAGAAGCUAUCUACGAAGAGAUUCGUUUUGUUGAAAAUAAAUUUGGUAAGCCUGUGGAAAAGGUCGAUGAAAAUGUAGAGACAAAGGGGAAAAAGAAAGGCAAAUGUAAAACAAACAUCAAACGAAAGCGCAAUAAGAAAGACCAAUUAGCCGAAGAUUCAAAGAAUACUACAUGUUGGAAGAAGAUGUCAAUUUUAUUUGAAUUAGAGUAUUGGAGACAUUUGUUAGUAAGACAUAAUCUUGACGUUAUGCACAUUGAGAAAAACAUAUGUGAUAGUUUGAUCGAAACCUUACUUAAUAUUCCUGGGAAAAAUAAGGACAUUAUCUCUGCUCGUAAAGACCUUGUGUUAAUGUUUGAAUCAAAAAAAGAUUUGGCACCUGAAACAGGUGAAAGAAGAACAUAUUUACCUCCUACUUGUUACACCUUGAAGAAAGAUGAGAAGUGUAAACUUUGUGAAACUUUGGCAAAUGUUAAGGUUCCAGAUGGGUAUUCAUCAAAUAUUCGUAAUUUAGUAUCUUUGAAAGAUUGUAGACUAAUUAGUCUUAAAUCUCACGAUUGUCAUGUAUUAAUGCAACAGUUACUUCCAAUUGCUAUUCGGGGAUCACUAGACAAACAUGUUAGAAAUGCUAUAAUACGAAUGUGUUUGUUUUUUAAUGCCAUAUGUUGUAAGGUUGUUGAUGUGUCUAAGUUAGACAAGAUUCAAAUAGAAAUUUCCAAGACCUUGUGCUUAUUUGAGCAAUACUUUCCUCCUUCUUUUUUUGAUAUCAUGGUUCAUUUGGCGGUGCAUCUUGUUAGAGAAGUAAAACUAUGUGGGCCUGGGUGUAUAGUUGAGGCUUACAUAGCAGAAGAAGCGGUUGAAUUUUGUACUGAGUAUAUUACUGAUGGAGAAGCGAUUGGUAUUCCCAGAAAGACAAUGAGUGAAGAUGUUAUUGGAAGAGGCAUCAACAAUGGAAGACUCACCUUAAUCAAAAAAGAAGACUGGGAUGUUGCUCAUCGGAAUAUUCUAGAGAAUACAAUUGAAGUUCAAGCUUACAUAGAAGAACACUUGGAAUAUCUUCAUCGUGAGAAUCGAAGUAAAUCAAGAAAGUGGAUUCAAGAUUACCACCAUCGAGCUUUUCAUCAAUGGUUUCGUGAUAGGAUUCAAUCUGAAUUGAGUAUGGAGUUUCACAAAGUAUCUGAAAACUUAAGAUGGAUUUCAUUAGGUCCGACUACAAUGGCAAUUAAGCAUGAUGGAUUUGUUGUAAAUGGUUAUAGAUUUAGUACAAAAGCUCGUGAUGACGUUAGAGUGACACAAAAUAGCGGUGUAUGUAUUGUUACAAAAACUCUUCAAUUUGCUUCGGCUCGUGAUAAGAAACCAUUUUAUGGAGAUAUGCAAUUUUAUGGAGUCAUUGAAGAAAUAUGGGAGCUUGAUUAUCGUGAUUUUAGGAUGGCAAUGUUCAAAUCCAAUUGGGUAGAAGACAAGUGA